UGUAAAGUAAUGAAUGCUAUUUUCACUCUUUUUAUCUUUGUUUUAAUUUUUCCAUCAUUUGCAGACCCCUACUUGAACACUGAUGCGGGGACAAUGUCUCCUUUCGAGCAUGGGGAGGUUUUCGUCUUAGAUGAUGGUGGAGAGGUUGACCUUGAUCUUGGGAACUACGAACAUUUUUUGGGCAUUAAAUUAACUCGCAACAAUAACAUCACUACUGGAAAAAUGUAUCAGUCUGUUAUUGAGAAGGAGAGACGAGGAGAUUAUCUUGGAAAGACCGUACAGGUAGUUGCACACAUAACAGAUGCUAUCCAAGAAUGGAUAGAACGAGUGGCAAAGAUACCAGUUGACGGGAAAGAAGGGCCGGCUGAUGUUUGUGUCAUUGAAUUGGGUGGAACUAUAGGGGAUAUUGAGUCCAUGCCUUUUAUUGAAGCAUUGCUGGAACCGUAUUUAUGCAGUUUAAUUUGUUAAUUUCAUGGGUUUGACGGUUUUCUUUUUUUCUUUUUUUUGUUAAAAUUAAAUUUCAUACUUUUCCAU